AUGUACAGGACUGACGGUCACUUUCAGGCCAUUGCGCGGAGCCCGAUUUUCGACAUCACAGGCCUGUCCCUGAUUCUGCUGAACACGCUGUGGCUCGGACUGGAGACAGACCACAACGACGCGGCCCUGCUGGUUGACGCCGAACCUCAAUUCAUAAUCGUGGAGAACUUCUUCUGCACCGUGUUCUGCCUGGAGCUGUUUAUCAGAUUCAUGGCCUUCAGGUCAAAGGCCGACAUAAAGAAGGACUCCUGGUUCAUGUUCGACUCUGUGCUCGUCCUCUUCAUGGCCCUCGAGACGUGGGUCGUCUCCAUACUCGUUCUGGCCACCAACGGUGGCCUCAGCGCCAGUUCCGGCUCCGCAUCGGUCCUCAAGGUGGUGCGGCUCUUCCGCAUGACGCGCGCCGCGCGCGUCGCUCGCCUGCUCAAGGCGGUGCCGGAAUUAAUGGUGAUCGGCCGCGGCAUCGUGAUCGUCGCCAGGACCGUGAUCGUGAUCAUGUGCCUACUGUUCAUGAUCAUCUAUACGUUUGCGAUCAUCUUCACUCAGCUCGCCAAGGGCACCGACCUCGAGCACACUCUCUGUCCCGACAUGCUGACCACGAUGAGCACUCUGCUGCUCGGUGGCAUCCUCCCAGACGUCGCGCCGACCACAAACGCCAUGUCUGAGGAGGAUUUCUUCUUCGGGCUAUUUUUCUUUAUAUUUGUCUUGAUGGCCUAUGUAAUGAUAAUGAACAUGUUGAUAGGCGUAUUGGUGGAGGUUGUUGCAGUAGUCGCGUCGGUUGAGAAAGAAAAGAACCAGGUGGCGUCGGUAAAGCGCGUACUGCAGAAGUGGACCCCGCAUGCGGACAUUACUGGCGACAACUUACUGAGCGUUGACGAAUUCAAGAACAUGCUCAACACUGCGGGCUGCGCCAAGGAUCUGAAUGACGUGGGAGUGGACGCCAUCGCGCUGAUCGAUCACGCAGACUUCGUCUAUCGUGACAAAGAUGAGCUCACAUUCGCUGAAUUGCUCUCCGUCGUGCUCGGGCUACGCGGCAGGAACGACCCCAAGGUACAAGACCUCGUGCAGCUGCGCAAGUUCCUGCAAGGGGAGAUGCAGCGCAUAGAGAUGUCGUUGGAAAGCCUACAUGUCUCCCUUAAUUGCGGCAUCAUCGAGUCCCAGUCUCCCCAGGCAAAACAAUCAGGAGUGCCAGUAAAUUCGGUCCAGAUUGCAUGA